AUGGUUGCUCGGAUCAAAGUUUGGAGCACAAGGAAGUUGUCUUAUAUGGGAAGAGCUACUUUAAUCAACUUUGUUUUAAUUACUAUUUACUCUUAUUGGGCUCAAAUAAUGAUUCUUCCUAAAAGAUUAUUAAGGGAUGUUGAAGCUAUUUGUAGAGCUUUUCUUUGGAAGGGUCUGGCUGGCAGUAAUAGCCCGGGUUUAGUAGCUUGGCAUCAUGUGUGUUCGCCCAAGAAAGCUGGGGGUUUAGGAUUUAGGAAGGUUAUUGAUUGGAAUAUGGCUGCAAUGGGGAAGUAUGUUUGGGCAAUUGCCACCAAAAAAGAUAACUUGUUUGUGAAAUGGAUUAAUAGUGUAUACUUGAUGGACAUAAACUGGUGGGAUUACCAGGCGCCUAUGGAUUGCAGCUGGUAUUGGGAGCGGUUAGUUGCUAUCAAAGAUGCUUUCAAAGCUAAGGCUGAUCUGUCUAAAUUUGCAGCUUUGAGGUAUAGCAUUAAAGCUGGCCAUGACCUAUUGUAUGAGCAGCCUCUUGCUGUUAGCUGGAGCAAAAUUGUUUGGGAUAGGCUGAGCAUUCCGAAGCAUAGGUUUGUGCUUUGGCUGAAGCUUAAGCAGGGGUUGGGUUGGAAUUCGGCCUCUUUAAACCUGGUGCAUUUAAUUCGUUGGAUUCAUAAAGCUAAGAGGAUGAGUGUUAUUCGGAAGAGCUUUUUGUAUGCUGCGCUUGCAGCUCUUGUUUAUCACAUUUGGAGAGUUCGAAAUGAUGUGUUCUGGAACAACAAGUUAUGGCUUGUAGAUAAUAUUGUACAAAGAGUAAUUAGGGAGAUUCAGGUUAGGAUCACUCUUGUAAUGCCUAAAAAGGCUCAAACCAUAGAUAGAGAAUGGGUCUCAAAGAUCAGUAAAAAUUAG